AUGGGCCGCAAGCUACGCACAACCAACGAAGCGCUCAUUCCGACUGAGAAGCCACCUAUUCACUCUGGUCCCUGCAACAAGCACAAAGAAUUCGUCUUCGGAGCCCCGGUCUACGCUCGAGACUACAGAGCAGGUCAUCCUCGCUGGAUCGAAGCAACAGUGACGGCCAGGCGAGGUGACAUGCUGCAUGAUGUCUCCGUAGGUGAUGACACCUGGGUUCGCCAUCGAAAUCAACUUCGUCCGCGCCACGAAGAAACCUCCAUGCCAACCAGCCAUCCAGUGCGCCUGCCGCUGCACAUCCUGCUGGAUACUUUCGGAUUGGCCACACAACGACAGAGCACGGUCGAAGCCGCUCAGUCGCCGCCGCAUCUCGAGAACCCACCUUGCCGACGAACAGAAAGAAUCCGGAGGUCACCGAAAUCCCUCCAGGUCAAUCCUCGCCAGAAGCGGUACUCUUUGUCUUCAAAGGGAGGUGUUGCGGGCCCGUCAAAAAUCCCCGCAAAAAACGCGCCAGUAACUCCGGCAUAA